CAUCUGGGCCGACCCAAAUAUCAACGCAACAGCUUUAUAAUUCGAUUUCCCACUGCCUCUUCUUCCUUCUUUGCUGCUGCAAAACCUAGGGUUAAGAGUUUUUCUUAGGUUUUCAGCCGCUUUCUGCACACAAUGGUUCUUCAAAACGAUAUUGAUUUGCUGAAUCCUCCGGCUGAGUUGGAGAAGAGAAAGCACAAGCUCAAGCGUCUUGUUCAGUCACCAAAUUCUUUUUUCAUGGAUGUCAAGUGCCAAGGCUGCUUCAAUAUAACAACUGUGUUUAGCCACUCUCAGACAGUCGUGGUAUGUGGUAACUGCCAAACAGUGUUGUGCCAACCAACAGGUGGAAGAGCCAGGUUAACGGAAGGGUGCUCAUUUAGGAAGAAGGGAGAUUGAAUAGUGCAGUAAUCAAGGUUUUCUCUAGUGCUCAUUUAGGAAGAAGGAAGAUUGAAUGGUGCAGUAAAAGGUUUUCUUUAUCAAUGGUGUUGAAAAGUAUUUUUAUAUGAAAUCAAUUUUAACUAUGUAUUAAUUUUUGUUAAAUUGUACUACCUAAUCCUCUUUUUAGUACUUUCUGGAUAUUUAUUUUACAGAUUUGCUUACUCAAUGAAUAUAUAGUGUAGUUUGGAUAUUUAUUUUUGCAAUGUAUGUAAUGAACAUGCAUUGUAUAUAUUUGUUAAGUGCAUUUGAAUUAUAAUACAUCUUCUUGGGUUCCUUCCAUAUCGACUUUGGUUUUUCCAUGUGUAAGUUACCAUGGUUUACUUUCUUGUGUGCCUAAGGCCGAGCGCUUCCUUCUUUAGUGAGGGGUGGCGUGGUAUUCCACGAGAGAGGGUAUUCUAUGUGGCGCACUCCUUUUAAGGUGCGUAGGCACAAAUAAAUUCAACAAUGAAAGGGUACCUUGGCUGCUUUACUGCUCUAGUUUUAGCAGUUGAAGCGACAAGAUUUGCCCUACAUCAUAA